CCCUCUGCUGACCCAAUUCCAGGGAGGCAGCGAGGGGAAGAAUGGCAAGCCUCAUGUGAUUGCCAUGACACGUCCUCCCCCAUCCUCCACACCGCCCUCCCAAUCCUCCUCUCCGCCCGCCCCAUCCUCUCCGCCCUCCCCAUCCUCUCCGCCCUCCCCCCAUCCUCUCCGCCCUCCCCCCAUCCUCUCCGCCCUCCCCCCCAUCCUCUCCGCCCUCCCCCCCAUCCUCUCCGCCCUCCCCCCCAUCCUCUCCGCCCUCCCCCCCAUCCUCUCCGCCCUCCCCCCCAUCCUCUCCGCCCUCCCCCCCAUCCUCUCCGCCCUCCCCCCCAUCCUCUCCGCCCUCCCCACAUCCUCCCCACCCUCCCCCACAUGCUCCCCACCCUCCCCCCCUCACUCACAGUGCAUGGUGGCGAGUCGCAUGUGA